AUUAAAUCCCAAUUCCCAAACUACACCAAAAUUUUAGGGAUUUUGGCGCUUUUCAACUCCAAUUCAGUGUUCAAAUUAAUUCGCAAUCAAUUUCAAACCCCUAAAUUUGUUUGAAUUCCCUCCUAAAUUCCAUCGACUUAUCUACCAGUAUUUAUUUCUUUCAUUUAUCCUUCUAAUACUCAAUCUCACUCUUACCCAGAUACUUUCCAGAUCUCAAAGUUUAAUUGAGACUUGAAAGAGUUGAAGACAUUGAAAUGGCAGGGAAAGGAGGAAAGGGGCUUUUAGCAGGAAAAACAACAGCUGCUAGCAAGGAAAAGGAGAAGAAGAAGCCUGUUUCUCGCUCUUCCAAAGCUGGUCUUCAGUUCCCAGUAGGAAGAAUCCACAGGCAUCUAAAAUCUCGAGUCUCAGCGAACGGACGAGUGGGUGCAAAUGCAGCAGUCUACUCAGCUGCAAUACUGGAAUACUUAACAGCAGAAGUUCUUGAAUUAGCAGGCAAUGCAAGCAAAGAUCUGAAAGUGAAGAGAAUCACACCCAGGCAUCUGCAGCUCGCUAUUCGAGGAGAUGAGGAACUCGAUACACUCAUUAAGGGAACCAUUGCUGGUGGUGGUGUCAUUCCUCAUAUCCACAAGUCACUCAUCAACAAAUCAGCCAAAGAUUAAGCAUUCUCUCCCAUCAAUUAGUAAGUAGAACUAAGUACAUGGGAAUUGGGAUGUUCUUUAAUCAUUCUGUAAAAGGAGUAGUAUUUUCAUCUGGAUUUAAGUAAGAAUUUAGUAGUUAUUUAGGUGUCAAUUUAGUUUGUUUCAGCUUCUCUGUGCAGUUUUAACUGGAUUUGUCCCUGUAAUAUGCUAUGCUAUGCACAUGUGGUAAUAUGACUUUUUUUAAGUUUCAGUUUGUUUUUAAUUUACAAGGCAAUAUAUAAUUUUCAGCUGAAGUUAAGGUUCA